CAUAAACUAACUAGUACAUUUUCCCCGGAGAAUAUCUUAACUUGCUCCUAUAUUUUGGGAAGAGCCAUAAUUUUCUUGAUAAGCUUUUAGUAUUCUUUCACAUUCAAAAUGUUAGGGUAGAUUUUUUUCUGAAAUUUGUUGUUGUUGUUGCCUUCGGUUCUCUGUUUUUGUUUCCAUUGUUACAGAGCACCUGAGAAACUAAGUACUCUGUUUCUAGGAGGUCAAAUUACAGACCAACUCAUAAAUCUAUUGUCCUAUAGAGAAAUCGAAGAACUGCUACCAAAAAUGUCAGAUUCAAAUAGGAACAACAAUAACAACGAGAACCAAAAUUUAAUAUCAGUAUCAUCUGAACCCGAUCUUCAUAUCAACAUAAAGGGUGUUCCAUUUCAUCUUCACAAAGAAAUGAUAGCAAAGAGAUCGUCUAAAGUGAGCUUGUUACUAGAGAGAAACGAGAUGGAUGAGCUGCGUCUGAUCCUACGAGAUUUAGAAGUGGAAACAGAAGCCUUUGAGCUUGUUGCUAGAUUCUGUUAUGGUCUUGAAGUCAGGUUUUCGUCUGAUAACAUUGUCUCUGUUCUCUGCAUAGCGUAUUACUUAGGGAUGAAUGAAGAACAAAGCUCUGAUAACUUGUUGAGAAAGGCAUCUGAGUUCUUAGAGCAACGAGUUUUCCCAUGCUGGAAUGAGACAGUAAAUGCUCUUCGUUCAGGGGACAAGAGUCUUGACAAGCUAGCUGAUGUUGGACUUGUCGAUCUCUUCUUUGAUUCUCUUAUCGAAAAAGCUUCAUACGAUCCAAGACUUCUUGGUGAACUGGUCAAGAACAGAGAAGAGGAAAGUGAUGAUUAUAGACCUAACCCUAGGAGACGGUUGUUUGUUAAAGAUUGGAAAUCGGAAGAUUUGAUCACAAUUCCGCUUCGGUUAUAUGAACCUUUGAUGAUCCGAGCAAUUAAAUCGCGCAGCAUUCCUGUGGAAUACAUUGUUUUAUCGGUCUGCAAAUACGCGAAGAAAUGGGUUUUCGAUGCGGAAGAAAGCCAAUUAGGGCAAAGGAGAGAAGUAGUUGAAGCAGUUGAACGACUUUUGCCACAUCCGAGAGGGCUAAUCUCUUGCGAAUUCUUAUUUGAAUCGCUAAAACAUUCUAUCUGGUUAGAAGCUAGCUCCGAAUGUCGAAACGGAUUUGGGAUCAGAAUCAGCAAACAGCUUGACAUGGCUAAAUCAACAGAUCUCAAGAUUCUAUCUCAAGGAUACAGAGAAAAAGCUGAGAGUUUCGAAGAUAUCGAGCUCGUUAAAACAGUUGUCAUGAGCUUUUACAGUUACUAUGCCAAUGAAGACUCUGAAGAUGUUUCACAUUUCGAGAAAGUAGCGAAACUGUUGGAAGAGUUUCUGUUCUUGGCCGCGAGUGAGACUUCUCUGAAGCUCGAGGGGUUUGUGGAAUUAGCGGAGAUAACAGUGACUAUUUCGCAAGGCAUCUUGACAUACUCUGAUGGAAUUUACAAAGCCAUUGAUGCUUUCCUGGAGAGUCAUAGAUACUUGACUGAAUCAGAGAAAAUGGAAGUUUGUAAAGUUCUUGAUUGUAAUAAACUCUCUCAAGAAGGAUGCGAGCAAGCCGCGAAAAACCAGAGGCUUCCUCUCAGAAUCGUUGUUCAUGUUUUGUAUGUUUCUCAGCUUCAGAUACGUGAUACAGUGGCUAAAGAGAUCAAGGUUAUAGGAGAGAAAGUAGAUGAAGACGAAGAAGAAGAGAUUGGGGUGUCCAGCGAUGAAGAUGAGAUGGAGAAGAUGAGUAGUAAGCUGUUAGGGCUUGAGAUUGAGAAUCAUGAAUGUGUUGUUCAUCGUUGGAAGAAGACGAAGAAGAAGAAGAAUAAGAUAAGUGUGUGGACACAAGUGAAGAGGAAAUUUGGUUGCUUGACCUCAUCUUCUUCUUCAGUUGAUGCUUGCACCUGUGAUUUCAAGAAGAAGAAGAAAAAGCAUCAUCACAAUAAAUAA